AUGUUUGAAAUGGCCCUCGAUGACAUUCGCGAUUCAACCAAGUUUGAAGUUGUUGGUGGAUACUAUAGUCCUGUUUCCGACAAUUACAGUAAACCUGGACUGGCACCAUCUGUUCACAGAGUUCGUAUGUGCGAACUUGCAUGUGAGCGGACAUCUUCAUGGCUUAUGGUUGAUGCUUGGGAAUCUCUUCAACCACGUUACACACGAACUGCCUUAGUUCUGGAUCAUUUCAACUAUGAAAUAAAUAUUAAGCGCGGAGGAAUCUUCAAGGCCGGAAGUACAACCCAGAAAAUAGGGGCAAAGAUCAUGCUUCUCGCUGGUGGUGACUUGAUAGAGUCUAUGGGCGAGCCAAAUGUGUGGGCAGAUAGGGAUCUGCACCAUAUAUUAGGUAAUUAUGGAUGUCUUAUUGUUGAAAGAACUGGUUCUGAUGUUAGAUCAUUCCUUCUAUCGCACGAUAUAAUGUACGAACACAGAAAAAAUAUUUUGGUCAUUAAGCAACUGAUAUAUAAUGAUAUUAGUUCCACGAAAGUCCGUUUGUUUAUUCGUCGUCAUAUGAGUGUGCGAUAUCUUCUCCCUAAUAGUGUGAUACGAUACAUUCAGGAGCAUCACCUUUAUGUGAAUGAUAAGGAACCUGUGAAAGUUGUGUUGAACAAAUAA